AUGGCUGUCGCAGGCGUCGACAUGGUGAUUUCAGAGUCGCUGUGCUGGGCCAAAUGGGGUGCCUUGGACACAUACCAGAAACAGUUUGAGUCCUUUCCGCAAGCACAAAAGGCGGGUAAAUCACCUGAGACAGCCACUACAGAAGACUGUAGCGAAUUCUUCCACAAAUUGUACACUCGCGGAAUAAAGGCGAGAACGAUCAACAUUGCCAAGUCCGAGCUGGUGGCGUAUUUCAACAGCAAGCGUGUGUCCCCCGACCCCGCGCAGGACGCCGUUGCUCGUCAGUACAUCGUUGGGCUACAAAAGUUAAACAAGAAGAACAAUGCCGACGAAGAGAAGAAAGCUCACCCUCUGACGGUGCACGAGCUCUCAACUCUGAUGAACAGGCUGUCUGGGCUUCAUCCCUUCGUCGGAUCUCUUCUUCGUCUGCUCUUGGCCGUCGCAUUUCUUGGCUGA